UUUUUGCAAUUGUCUUAGAACGACAACAUUCGUCCGCGCCGACCUGGUCGUCAUGGGGCGCCUGAACCGGUGAAGAACCAUCUCGAAAGGCUCUUGUCAGAUGGCCUGCAGGUGAGCCUGCAACAACAACUCCAACCGUGGGGUAUAGCAUGUUGCUGAGCCACCUGAUAGGCCUUUUCCAUUGGUUUGUAUCAUUCGCGACGGUAUUUGGCCUUCACUUUCUCACAUCCCAAGCUCAAGCUCGAUUAGAUUGUGGCUGAGCACGCUGACAGACCACGCGUCUUAAACUCCGCGCAGCCGCACUUCUGCCUGAUCCUCAGAAGUUGGGACGAGAGCUCCCAUCUUUCACCAGCAGCCGCACCUGUUGUGCGCCCGUGGUGGAGGAAAGUGCUGUUUACCGUUACUUUCUCUCUCGCGUUUUUUCUGUAUUGCCUUCAUUAUGCGCUCCUUCAAGUCCAAGGUGUUGUCAGCCGUUGCGUUCGCCGCCGCCGGGUUUGCCGCAGCACUUCCCAGCCACGGUGAGGUUGCUCGACUGCACAAUGAGCCUUUGCAGCUAGAUGUUCAACAGAACUACGCGCAAGCGACCUUCAGCGUGCCCUGCGCUGGGUGUUCCGGCCAAGAUUACACGGACCAGGAUGACGAGUCACUCACCCUAAACUUCACUGCCCAUUCUCACGACGAAGCCUGUGGUUCUUCCAACAUCACCAUCAACGGUGUACCACUCCCCCAAGAAUGGGAAGGUGACUACGCGUCUGGCUCGGGCUCCUACCAGUACACCAGCAUUGCGCGUCUGCAGCAGAAUGACCAGCUCCCUCAGCGUGACCUGGCCCUUGCAUGGAACUCGACCUGUCUUCACGGCAACGCGGAGACGGACGAGGCCGCCCAAAUCCUGACAGUCAACAUCAAGUCCAUUGACGGCGUUCCCAUUAGUACUCCAUCUGGAUUUACCAUCUCGUUCAAGCAGAACGCAUCACCGCCAUCACUUCUCAGGCUUGAGACCGUUCCGGACCUUGCGCCAGAGCUCUCUGACAUCUGGCGUGACCCACCGGCUCAUCUUCGACUAGUCUUCGGUCACGCCGCAACGGCAGAAACCAGCAAGACAAACGUCUCCCUUGAAGACGAGAUCCGGGAACUCAGAGCACUACAAGCCGAACUUGCAGCUAUCCAGCUAGCAGUAGCGUCCAAGAAGCAGUACAUCAACUCAAAGAUCCGCAAAGAAGCGAAGUGCUCCACCGAAGAGCUCAAGCACUGUGACGGCAUCUCUUGCGUUCUCAAGACUGUCGCCGACAAGGCCCAUGGCGCAUGGCGAGUCGUGUACCUGCGCUUGCAUCCUGACGAUCAAUUCAAAAACAUGGGUCGGCCAGAGGAGGUUUACGCCUCGGCUCGCGUGAGCUCGCAACGAUAUGGCAGCAUCAACGUCGCUAACAUAGACUCGAAAGCAGAGACAGAGGAGGAAGAGUCAAAACCUCAGCCGUAUGAGGGGUCUACAGGCGAGCUCCCCCUGCGAUCGCAACAACGUCAGGCUCCGUACAUUAUUGCUCUCGAGAUCGCUCUGGGCGUUCUCUGCUGUGGCUGUCUUGUUGCCGUUAUUCGACACAAAUGCUCCAGCCUCCGCACCCGCACCGAGCGUGCUGCCGACUACGAAGAGCGUUACAACGCACGCGCGUACAAACGCGCUGCACGCCACCACGCCUGGCGCAAUUGGUGGCGCGGCAACUGGCGCAAAGAUGCUGCGCGAAUCGCCGACUACGAAGAGAAGCGUGCCCUCAUCGCAGAUCAAGAGAACGUCCUCGAAACCGCCAUGCAGGAGGAGAUUAGGCAGCUUCGCGUCGCGCACAAUGUUGUCAACGACAUCAUCCGCGCAGAAGAAGGCCGCACGGGCAUAGCUAUUCCCCCAAACCCUCGCUGCGUAUGUCACCGCCCUUGUUUCGCGCCGGGGCCGCCCUCACUCACAUCCACCUACCCACCUUCGACUAUCCCCGAAGCACCCUCUCGACCCCUCUCUCGCACCGACAGCCUCCCUAGCUACCGCUCCCGCACACCCAGCGAGCCCCCAUUGUACGAAUCGGAUCUUGGUGCUUCAUUCGUGGCGAACGGUCUGCGGUACGAGGCGAGAGCCAGGGCGUACACGGCGAGCGCGUCGUCACAGGCCGGGGAGUCCGGACGCUGGACGCCGGACAGCAGCGUGGUGGACGUGAGCCCGCGACCGAGUGCCGAGACAUUGCGCCAUCCUCAGAGCAUAUUCACACUGGACGAGAGUGAGAGCGAGUCAGAGCUAUAAGCCGGCUGUAGGUUGCUCUCCAUCGGCACGUUGUUUUUUUCUGUUUCCUUCUUUCAAGCAUUCUAGGGCUGGCGUUUAUCGGCGGAGAUUGUGAGGCUCUUGUUUGCCCCUGCAUGGUAUGAUCUGGCGACAUGGGGAACCUCGUCUACUAAUAUCUCUGAGUCCCCGUGUAUAGUACAUAAUAGCAUGCGCCGGCUGUCGACGCAGCAACUGUCUUGAAUCAAACAAUUUCACCAGCCUCGCGGUGAACUGAGCACGUGAUUAUGUCGUCUACGGUGUGAAUAGACAGGAUGUUUUGCGUUAGUCUGG